GCUCCCGGACACAUGGUUUAAAGUUCGGGUGCGAAUAAAACAACAAUAAACGCGAAUAACGUCGUCUCAGUGGGAAUUAAGGUGGAUUGUUACAACGCGAAAGUUUUGUGUUUGUGUAGGAAAAUACUUCUAGUCUUUCGGAUGUACAGUUUUGCAGGUUUGCCCCAGGAUUUUGGAUGGAGGAAUAGAAUAUUCUAUUAUUUACUCUAGUAGAUUCUAAUUGACUCUAUUUUGGAGAUGCGGUGGAUUUGGAUAGGAAUUGGACCUCUGGCACUGUUGGUGUUGGUGAAAGUGUUUUCUGCCAACAUCUGGAGGAGAGAACAGGAGUGUCGUGUGGCUGCGAGCGGAGGACAGAGAGAUUUGACUGUUCGAGCCAAACGCUACGCCAUCAACCCGCUGGGCUACAAGUGGGAGCACUUCAACGUCACCUACAAGAUCACAACGUUCCCCAACACGCUGAACAAAGACGACACCCGUAAAGCCAUCAGUAUCGCCUUCACCAAAUGGAGCGACGUCUCACCUCUGACCUUUACAGAAAUUACCAGCCCUAACAAGAGUGCUGAUAUCAUUAUUGGUUUCUACACGUUUAAUCACACAGACUGCUGGUGGUCUCCACUGCACCCCUGCUUUGAUGGGCUGAACGGAGAGCUGGCUCAUGCCUUCCUGCCCCCGAGGGGGGAGAUCCACUUUGACAACCACGAGUUCUGGAUCCUGGGCAAGUCUCGUUUCAGCUGGAAACAGGGUGUAUGGCUAAAUGACCUGGUUCAGGUAGCAGCCCAUGAGAUCGGUCAUGCUCUCGGCCUGUGGCAUUCACGUGACCCCAACGCUCUGAUGCACCCCAAUGCCACAUACACGGGGCAGAGGGACAUCGCUAAGGAUGACAUCUGGGGGAUUCAGCGUCUUUACGGCUGCUUGGAUAAGAAGCGUGUGUGUGACCCCUGGGCGCGGUUAGGUUUCUGUGAGAGUAGACGGAGUUUCAUGAAGAAACACUGCCCUCAGCGUUGUGACCUGUGUUAUGAGCCCCCGGAAGCUGGGUCUACUCCAACUCCUCCUCCUGCCAACGUCAAGAUCAAGAUGGUGCCUCGGGGAAAAGUAGUGGGCUUUCGCUGCGGGACCAAAAACACGAAAGUGCCUCCAAAAGUCAGGUGGUAUAAGGAUGGAGAACAGUUGCUGACCUCCAUCCCUGGCUACAUUGCCAUCAAAGAUCGCAAUCUGCGCAUCGUGGCUAACGAAUUCAACGAGGGGACGUACACCUGCCAGAUCCACCGGCGCGGCAGCGUCAUUUCAGCUAACUCGUGGGCUAUCAGGCUGAAACCGGAGAGUCCCUCGAACAACAGUUGAUGGUCAUGGAGUGUUGGAGAAGCUCUUACACUACCUCCUGCUCUCUUGGCCGCUCAGAACUACUCAUUACCUCACAUUCAGAGUCUCUCAGUGGAGGAUAUCAUGGACUAAGACCAUGACUCAAGCUGCAACACAAGGGCUGUAUGAUAGAAACAGACGCAUUUAGAGCUUUUUUAUAAGGAUGCACAUUCUUGAUUUAUUACUUUGUUUUAUUGCUAAAGAGCAAUUUUGCAAAAAAGUCUUUUUUAUGCUAUCAACCCCAUGACAUCAAGGUUAGUGACCUAAGAUAGUAUUAUGGGAUAGCAUUUUAGAAAUUCUUUAUAUUUUUAAAGAGACGUCACGCAAAACAGCUUGGUACCGUGUCUCAAAGUGGCUCCAAUGUGUUUGUGCUACAUGCAGCCUGAUUGUUUCCCCUUUAUAUUACAGAUGACCUUUUUAGGUUUAUUAGAAAAUAUGCAGUAAACACGAAGGCUGUACUCAGUGAGAAAAAAACAAGGAGAUACAGAAAAGAAAAUACAGUGAUAGAAGCUAGUACUGAAUCGGACUUUAUAUCUAUAAAGA